AUGCCGAGAAGUAUCAUCAAAAAUCGCAAUGAGACAAUAAAAAAUUUUACUGAAGAACAAGAAGAAACGAAAACUGGCGAUAAGAGUGAAAAAUCAACAGGACGUGCCAUUCAAAGCAACUUUUAUUUUCCAUUAAAGAAUCUUUUGAUGAAUCCUGUUCAAAGCAACAGAUACAAUAAUGAAAAGGCGGGAAGAAUAUUUAUUACUAAUAACUACCUACAUUUCAUCCAUCAGACGCAGGAAUCACGCAUUAGCACUGCUUUACACAGACUUCGGUACAAUACGGCACACCGAAGAUAUCAAUACACGCCUGACUCAAUUUACCCAUUUAAAGGGAAGGAACAUACAAUAGGUAACCAAUACAAUAAAGCGCCAACAGUGAUUCAACUUACAAUUAACUCAGCAAAGUUCAGUGCACCCAUUGUUGUGGCUGAUUUAUCACCAGCACCGACGAAAUUCAAUGCACCCAUUGUCGUUCCCGACAUGCCAUCAGCGGCAACAAAAUUCACUGCCCCAAUCUUUGUACCAGAUGUCCCAUCGUCACCAUCGAAACCACCAGUUUAUUUAACUCCAAAUAUGCUUUCAGCAUCACCACCUAAAUCUUCAUACAUAUCAAACAUGAAUUUAGGAGGUACCGUCUUUUUACCAACUCCUUUACCCGAUGAAACAACAUCCAAAAAUCCUUCAUUUGAUCUACUCGCUUUCCCAUCACAUAUUAAUUCAUCCUACAUACCUGAUGAACUUGAUGCCAUCAAAGAUUCCAUUGACAAUAACAAUCAUCAGCUGAAGUUUGGUAAUGAUAAAGAUAAUACAAUUUCAUCUUCAGACACUUCCGAAUCACCAUCAAAUGAAGAUUCUAAUUACAUUGAAAUAUCACCAGAAGAUAUAAUGAAAAUAAAAGAAAUUAACGAUAUUAAAAGUCGAUACAAAAACCUUCCACAAAACAUUGAAAUUGUAUAUCAGCCACCUCGAUUGCCAACAGAAGCUAAACUACCAAUUAUGUCAGUUAGUCAACACAUGCAAAAUGUUAAUGACACAAUGAAGUCAUUAAUUAUGACGAAUAAUAAUCAACCGAUGAUGACUAGUAUUUCAUUAAAUUCUUCAAACAACGAAGAUGAUGAUGAUGACGAAAAACCUUAUGUUGCACCAAAAAAUCUUUUUAGUUUUCCACCAAAUAUAAAUUCAGUUUAUCUUCCACCUGGAAUGAAACCGACGAAAUCUCCAAUUAACAGUUAUUUACCACCACCCUCUGGUGAUGUGCCUUCAGAUGAUAACGUUCAGAAUUCUGAAGAAGAUUCUUCUAAUCAAAUAUCUUAUAUUCCACCUAAAGAUUUUUAUAAUUUUCCACCAAAUAUUAAAUCGACUUAUUUACCACCAGAUUACAAAUAUCCCAAGAAUCCUGGCAAUAGUUAUUCUCCACCUGCAUCGGGAAGCGAGUUAAAUCCUGUCCUAUCUUAUAUGAACAUGAUGAAUAUCCUACCUUCAAAAAAUCUAUCCCCACCUAAGGAUCAAAUUACAUUUCUUCCACCUAAAAUGAACCAACAAAUGACUUCAGGCUAUAACUAUUUUCCACCGAUUUCUGGGAGUGUCAAUGGUCAAAUGAUGCCAUCACCGAUGACACCGGCGCCAAUGCAAAUGCCGCAGCAAAUGCAGAUGAUUGAUCAAAUGCCAAUGACGUCACCAGAUAUGGAUCAACCUAUGAAUUAUGGUAUGGGUGGAUUUACCAAAUCACUACCAGCGAAGUCUGCAUGA